AUGCAACCUGUAUACAUAACCACGUCGCAAGGGGAUGAGUACUCUAUGAAAAUCGAAUGCCGCCGCACGCGUCGAACUUACGGUGGCAACCUCUCGCUUGCCGUCAGAAUUCGUCGGAAUGAUUGUGAUAUGGGUAUCGUUGAAGUUGGCGGUGGCGAAAUUCCCAUCAUGAUACUGUCUAGUGCGUGCAAUCUAUCGGGGUUGCCGAGAUCGGAUUUUCCUAAACACAAUGAAGGUGGAUAUUUCAUAGUCAAUGGCAAUGAAAGGAUUCUCAGAUUGCUGAUAAUGGCUCGCAGGAAUUAUCCUCUCGCUAUAGCUAGGUCGUCAUUCAAAAAGCGGGGUCCAAGUUACACGGAAUAUGCUAUCUUAAUGCGCUGCGUACGGGAUGAUGAACACUCAGCGCCGGUAAUACUUCAUUGGGUUAUGAAUGGUGAACCGACGCUGGCAUUUACGGUUGAAAACGAACAGUUGUUUGUUCCUAUUUCAAUUCUCCUGCGUGCUCUUAUGGACAAAACUGAGCUUGAAAUCUAUGAAGAUAUUCGGCGUGGUGGUGGUGAUUCUUUAUCGCUUGAAGAGCACGCAAUGAGGAUUUUAAUGAGGUUACAGAAGGGUGAUUAUAAUUGUCAAUCUCGCGCUCUUUGCUACUUGGGAAAACUCUUCCGUCUCAAAAUGCACCUACCAACUUCCUACACCGAUUACGCUGCCGGCGAGCAUCUAAUGCGAGAAUACGUUGUAAUUCAUGUUGACAGUUUUGCGGACAAGUAUCACAUUCUUUGCUACAUGAUACGCAAACUUCACGCUUUUAUUUCGGGUGCGUGUUGUGCAGAGAGCAAUGAUAAUCUUAUGUUCCAGGAAGUAUUGCUUCCGGGUACGACGUACGUCCAAAUUCUUCGGAACAGACUGAUAACCUAUUUACACACCGUCCGUGAGCAUCUUAAUUUACAUUUGCGCAAAACGUCGAAACUUCUUGAAAUAGCCAACUUCCGGCAAGCAUUGAAUCGUAGCAUAUCGGAGGUAAGCAGUGGAUUGAAUCUUUUUAUAUCCACUGGCAAUUUACCUGGCUCCUCACGUACGGUUCUGGGUCGACUAUUGAAUGGGCAGACUUCAGGUCUCUCAGUCCCAAUCGACACGGUCAACUUUUUACGCUUUGCUGCGCAGUUUCGCGCCGUUCACCGAGGUGCAAUGUUCAAUGAAAUGCGAACCACCUCGGUGCGGCGUCUCCUGCCCGAGGCCUGGGGCUUCAUCUGCCCUGUUCACACUCCUGAUGGCGCGCCAUGUGGCCUUCUCAAUCAUCUUGCCGAGAGUACUGAGGCUGUGUGCGUGACUCCCAGUCAGGCACUAGUGAGCAAAUUUGCGGCCUGGCUACUGGAACACAACCUACGACCGGUGGAGCUAUCGCGUCAAAUGACGGGCGUGAAUGAACGUCGUGGUGUCUUCCCCGUCCUCCUGGAUGGCCGUCUUGUUGGUUGGUCGCCCUCAAGCCUAGCCGCCCAGCGGUUGGCGCGAGAGCUGCGCUGUGCCAAACUGGAUCCCAAUUGUCCCCAUGUUCCCACCACCUUGGAAAUUUGUCUAGUGGUCCCUACUGACACUGGUAGCCAGUAUCCCGGUCUUUUCCUCUUUGUUGGUGGUUCGCGCCUACUUCGACCUGUGAAGAGUCUCGUUCGGGUCGGCUCCAAGAACAUCGCUGAAGCGGAGAUCGAGCUGGUUGGCACCUUUGAGCAGCCAUACAUGGACAUCGCGGUGACGGUCGAAGAACUUAUGGAACGACCAGUCAGUGAGAGAAUGCACUUCGAAGUCUCACCAGAGUCCAUCUUCAGCUUCGUUGCCAGUCUCACACCAUAUCCCGACUUUAAUCAGUCUCCGCGUAAUAUGUACCAGUGUCAGAUGGCCAAACAAACUAUGGGUCACUCGUCUUACACCUGGAAGUACCGUUCGGAUCCCAAAGCCUAUCGUCUGCUCAAUCCACAGAGCCCGCUGGUGCGCACUAAAACCUAUACCAAAUACGAUGUAGAUCAUUAUCCGCUUGGAUUCAACGCCAUUGUUGCUGUCAUGUCCUACACCGGAUAUGAUAUGGAAGAUGCUAUGGUGAUUAACAAAAGCUCCUACGAACGUGGCUUCGCAGACGCCUGUAUUUACAAAUCCGAAAUUAUAGAUUUGGUCAAUUUCUCCGCCAAAGGGAGAGCGAAAAAACAAGCUGAUCAUUACUUUGGUGGAUUGGUUGAUCUUCCGCCAAAUAUUGAUAUUGAUGGCUUCCCACCAAUUGGAACACGGCUUAUACCAGGAAAGAGCAUUCUAUUCGUUUACACACACAAUGAGACUAUGGAGAUGACUGCUGUUCGCUAUAAGGACGGGGAGCAAAUCGCAUACGUGGAAGCAGCUUGUAUAACGCUGCGUUUGCCACGGCGGCCGGACAUCGGUGACAAAUACAGUAGUCGCCAUGGUCAGAAAGGUAUUAAUAGUAUCCUCCUGCCUGCUGAUGACAUGCCCUGGACUGUGGAAAGUGGAAUUGUGCCGGACCUCAUAUUCAAUCCCCACGGCUUUCCCACGCGUAUGACGAUGGGCAUGAUGAUCGAGUUCCUUGCUGGCAAAUCGGCUGCUUUAUCAGGUGAGCGGGUUGAUGCAACACCCUUCCAGUGGACUGAAGAAAAUCCACCUUUUGAAAAGUACGCUGAUCAGCUGAAGAAUGCUGGCUUCAACUAUUGGGGCACGGAAGCCAUGAUGUCAGGAGUUACUGGUCGUCUUCUGGAAGCUCAUAUAUUCAUUGGGGUUGUCUACUACCAGCGCCUGCGUCAUAUGGUAGCGGACAAAUAUCAGGUGAGAGCUGAGGGUCGAUUUGAUCCGGUGCUCCGCCAGCCCAUAAAGGGACGCAAAGUUGGUGGAGGUGUUCGUCUCGGUGAAAUGGAACGUGACUGUGUCCUCUCCCAUGGACUUUCAUUUACACUCCAGGAUCGAUUGCUGGGAUCCAAUUGCGACAAAGUGAAGAUGUUGAUAUGCUCAGGUUGCGGUGGUUUGAUUCACGAAGACUUGAUCACUGAUGAAACUUUGAGCAUCCAACAGCGAGGAAACAGUCUUAUUAACAGAUUGCGGUGGCGAUGCCGCCUUUGCAAUCAAUCACCUCCUUCUAGUGCAGCGAACAUUUUCGAGAAUAAAAUGCUCCUGGUCGAUGUCCCAGCAGCUUUCCGCUACUUGACCUACGAACUUGCUUGUCUCAAUGUUAAUACACGGAUCGAAGUGGAGCAGUUUACUUGA